AAGGACAAAGCAUGGAUACAUUUAUUUCAGCUGUUUUUUGACACUUUACGCAGAAAAACACAUGUUAAACACGCAUUAAUAUAUUUAUUUUAAAAUUAGAUGUAUGUAAGGUUAUAGAAAAGUGUUUUUGUUUGUGAUUAUAGUGUGAAAUAUUAGUUUAAAGCGUGCACUAACCUUGAGGAGCUCAGCAGAGGUUCAGUCAUGUUUAGCUCAGCCUUUCCCCGGCUCGGAGUGCUCGGGCGCGGCUGUUUGCGCAGACAGAGCCGGGCCAAAGCCUCGUCUCUGGUGCUGGGGAUCGAGACGAGCUGCGAUGACACCGGGGCUGCGGUGAUGGAUCUGAACGGGACAGUCCUCGGGGAGUCGCUGCAUUCACAGAAGGAAGUUCAUCUCAGAACGGGAGGUAUCAUUCCCACCGUGGCCCAGCGGUUGCACCGGGAGCACAUUGAGCGCGUUGUAAACGAAGCUUUGGCUCUCGGCGGCGUCUCUCCUCACCAGCUCUCAGCCGUAGCCACCACAGUCAAACCCGGACUGGCCCUGAGUCUGGGGAUCGGACUGGAGUUUAGUCUGAAGUUCGUGAAGCUGCACAGGAAACCGUUCAUCCCCAUUCACCACAUGGAAGCCCACGCACUGACCGUGAGGCUGAAGGAGCAGGUGGAGUUUCCGUUCCUGGUUUUGUUGAUUUCGGGGGGUCACGCUCUCGUCGCCGUGGCCAGAGGAGUGGACGAUUUUCUGCUGCUCGGACACUCGUUGGAUGAAGCUCCUGGAGAUGCGUUGGAUAAGGUGGCCCGACGCCUCUCCCUGCUGAAGCACCCGCUCUGCUCCUCUCUGAGCGGAGGGCAGGCUGUGGAGGUCCUGGCUCAGACCGGAGACCCGACCAGGUUUAAGUUCACCACUCCUAUGGGACAGACUCUGGACUGUAACUUCUCCUUCGCUGGUCUCAGAAACCAGGUGUCUAUGGCCGUCAAGAAGCGAGAGGAGGAGGAGGGUGUAGAGCGGGGGACCCUGUUGUCUUGUGUGAACGACCUCGCUGCCUCGGCUCAGCACACUGUCGCCGCCCAUCUGGCCAAACGGACUCAUCGCGCCGUUCUCUUCUGUAAACACAACCGUCUGCUGCCCGACGAGAACCCCACUUUGGUCUUGUCGGGGGGAGUGGCGAGUAACAAGUACAUCAGAAAGGCCCUGAGUGUGAUCACAGACAGAGAGGGGCUGAGGCUGCUCUGUCCACCCCCGAAACUCUGCACCGACAACGGGGUCAUGAUCGCCUGGAAUGGUGUGGAGAGAUUCAGAGAGAAGAAGGGAAUCCUGUCUCCAGAUGUGGACGUCCUCUAUGAACCAAAGGCCCCUCUGGGUGUGGACGUCACGGCUCAGGUGAGAGCGGCAGCCAUUAAAGUUCCACCUGUGAAGAUGAAGAUCACAUGACCAACUCCAGAG